ACUCCCAUAUGCUUAUUCACACAGGAGAGAAACCCCAUGUGUGUGAAGUAUGUAAGAAGGCCUUUAGUCAGAAGUCUCAUCUAAGCAGGCAUAUGCUUAUUCCCACAGGAGAGAAACCUCAUGUGUGUGAAGUAUGUAAGGAGUCCUUUAGUCAGAAGUCUCAUCAAAGCAGGCACAUGCUUAUUCACACAGGAGAGAAACCUCAUGUGUGUGAAGUAUGUAAGAAGUCAUUUAAACGGAAGGAUAAAUUAAACGAGCAUAUGCUUAGUCACACAGGAGAGAAACCUCAUGUGUGUGAAGUAUGUAAGAAAUCCUUUAGUCAGAAGUCUACUUUAAACAGCCAUAUGCUUAUUCACACAGGAGAGAUACCUCAUGUGUGUCAAGUAUGUAUGAAGUCAUUUAGUCUAAAGUCUACUUUAAACUCCCAUAUGCUUAUUCAUACAGGAGAGAAACCUCAUGUGUGUGAAGUAUGUAAGAAGGCCUUUAGUCAGAAGUCUGAUCUAAGCAGGCAUAUGCUUAUUCACACAGGAGAGAAACCUCAUGUGUGUGAAGUAUGUAAGAAGUCAUUUAAGCGGAAGGAUCAAUUAAACGAGCAUAUGCUUAGUCACACAGGAGAGAAACCUCAUGUGUGUGAAGUAUGUAAGGAGUCCUUUAGUCAGAAGUCUCAAUUAAACGAGCAUAUGCUUAGUCACACAGGAGAGAAACCUCAUGUGUGUGAAGUAUGUAAGAAAUCCUUUAGUCAGAAGUCUACUUUAAACAGCCAUAUGCUUAUUCACACAGGAGAGAUAACCUCAUGUGUGUCAAGUAUGUAUGAAGUCAUUUAG